CUUCCUUUUCAAGAAGAUUGCUUUACAUAACUGGGUUGUUUCCAUAAUUUAUGCAGCAUUACCCUCUUGGAGCCGAAGCACAUCAUAUCUGAACUUCGGGCUCAAGAAGAACGUCCGGCAAAGGCGGGGUUGAUACGACGUUGAGAUAUAGAGACAUAUAAAUUCAACAUGUCCGACGGUCGCCAUGUCUCUCAAAAUGAGGAUAGAAAGCCUCAAGCGUCCAAUAUGAGCGUCGCAAACUCCAAUGUCGUCGUGAUCGGUGGCGGUAUCGUGGGUGCCUCGAUCGCUUGGCAUCUCUCCUCCGAGACAAACGUGACCAUCAUCGCGGAAGAUAUCGGAGGAGUAGCUACUCCCAACUCAUUCGCUUGGCUUAACGCUGCUUCGUCGGAUAAGAAGUUUUACUACGACUUUCGACUUCGGUCUCUCGAGCAUUGGAGGGAGAUUGAGAAAGCUGUUGAGAACUUACCUAUCCAUUGGGGAGGUACUACGAGCUGGGAUAAACCGCCUGAAGAACUUGAGGAGGAGCAAAAGAACCUGACUGCCUGGGGGUAUGAUGUUAUCCGUGUUGAUAAGACGGAGAUAUCGAAGAGAGAACCCCAUAUUGAAGAGACGAAGCUUCCGGAAUGGGGUCUUGGUUAUGAUCAGGAGGGAGCUCUGGAACCUGAAAACGCGGCUGAGUUACUGAUCAACCUCGCAAAAGAUAACGGCGCCAAAGUCCUCGAGACCAAAGUAGCAGGGCUCACUAAGAAGAACGGUCACAUUAGUGGUGUUACUCUCUCAUCCGGAGAAACCAUUCCAGCAGACCAUGUCGUCGUAGCCGCAGGUCUAGGAAGCGUCUCCCUCCUCGCAUCGCAAAACAUCCCCCUCCCACUGAAAAGCACAGCUGGUCUUCUCGUCAACACAAAACCCACCCCGAAAAAGCUUAUCAACGGCGUAAUAAACGCUCCCGAAUUACACAUCCGUCAAACCCUCGAAGGAGCCUUGCUUUUCGGCUCAAGCUACGCGGGUGGAGACCUAGGCGACGAUCCCGAAAAGACAGCACGUGAACUCUUCACCAAGCUUCAGACGUCAGUUGUAGGUGGCGAUGAGCUUGAGUUCAGUCACUAUACUAUUGGCCAUAGAGUAUUGCCUGAAGAUGGACUGCCGAUUCUUGGAGAGACGGGACUGGAUGGACUUAGUGUUGCUGUGAUGCAUUCUGGGGUUACGAAUGGAGCUCUUGUGGGGCAGUUGUUGAGCAGGCAGAUACUCACUGGGGAGACGGAUCCUAUACUGGAGAAUUUCCAACUCAGUCGUUUUGCAUGAAGCCUUGUCACAGAAGUUACAUUAUCUUGAGAUGACGACGAUCAUACUUUGGAGUGUCCUUCCGUUGUUGUUUCGGUCAUGUCCUCUACUUAGUCUCGAUGCGACCUGAAUCAAUAUUUGCGGUUCUUUCUCUCCACUGUAGCCAUAAAUCCAUGUCAAG